AUGGACGAGAACACACAAAAUGGUCAGACACCUCUGAUUCCCACCGAAGAACCUAUGGACCAUUUAUACUCGGUGGACCCAUGCAGUCAAGCAACCAAGCCGCCAGGUACAUUCAACAAUGAAGACUCACAGUCUGCUAACAUCACUCCUGCGCAGCGUGAGCCACAAGUCAACAUGGAUCACAUGCAAGCUUCUUCGAACGCCGACGACGAUGGCUUCACUGUCUACACGUCACGGAAGCGGAAGUGUCAGCACGAAAACAACGGGGAGGUGAAUCAACUUCAAGAGACAGGUUUGACUGUCAUUUUUAUACCCGCAAAUCCUGCUGUCUGUCUUACCAAACUAAGUAGCCUAAAACUUUCGGAAGCGCUGGAGACAAUAUGUCAGGAAUGUAUCCUAAUGAUCCGCCCCAACAAGCGACUAAAUGUGAUAGCGGUUGAUACUCGUAACGCCUACGCAACGAAACUCCUUCUCAAGGUUACCACACUAUGCCAAGUUGACGUGAGGGCUUAUGAACCGUGUCCACGCUCAGCAGCAGUAGGUAUCAUAAAGGGCGUAGAUCAAGAGAUCAACGACAUGCAACUACAAGAUGAGCUGAGUGCCGAACCAGUGCCCAUUCUGCAUGCCCGAAGACUUGGAAAAUCAUCCGUUGUGAAGGUACAGUUUGCAACCACACAACUGCCGGAUUACGCUCUUCUUUCUCGUGUCCGCUAUCGAGUCUUUCCCUUCGAAGAACGCCCUUUACAGUGUACAAACUGUGGCCGCUACGGCCACAAGACUGUUGCAUGCUUCCGCGAAACAAUUUGCAGUCGAUGUGGAGGAAAACACGAUCGAAAUGCCUGCGAAUCUGUAGAGCCAAAAUGCAUUAACUGUGGAAGCUGUCAUGAGGCGCUAGCUCAAGGGUGCCCGAAACGGAUCGAACAAAAAAGGCUAGCAGAAGUUCGAAGACAAGGCCACACAACAGUAUCGAAUAACUCACAGGCUCACGUUCAACACGAGACAACCCACCAGAACCAACAGUCCCAACCACGCGAUCUGAAUGACUUUCCUUCCCUCCCAUCAACCAGCAAAGAAGACGUCCAAGUCAACCAGAGUUUGAGCCAGAAUGCUGUGAAGCGCACUUACAGUGACUCCUUGAAAUCGGUAGAACCUCAGUCGGCACCUGUAUUGAAGAACGACACCAUACACUCUUAUCUCACCACUACCACCUAUAAAAGGAACCUCCUCCGAAACUCCACAUAG